AUGACGCUGGAGUCCUGUGCAGGUAUGGUGGAUAAAGAUAAAAGCUUGGCGGAAAUAGCUAGAGAGGAGAUUUUCGAAGAAUGUGGCUAUGAUGUUCCCGUUGAAAAAUUGGAGCAUGUCUUUGAAUACCGAUCCGGCGUUGGCACUUCCAGCAGUGCCCAUAAUGUGUACUACUGUGAAGUUUGUGAUGAGGAAAAAGUAUCUGAUGGUGGCGGAAUUGAUACUGAGAUCAUUCAGGUUAUGGAGCUAUCAAUUGAUGAAGCCAAAAAUUUUGUAAAAAAGGGUACAAAAAUAAAUAGCGGUCCGGCCACAAUAGCAGGCACACUUUGGUUCUUCGCCAACAAGAUUUAA